GAUGGCGUCUGACCAUAAUAUUAUCUUCUAGUGAGAUAGCUGAGUCACAUCCAAGUGUAGAGGUAACGGUAAUAGGAAAUUCUUCGUACUUGCGCUGCCAAGAAAGCUUUCCACGAGCUGGAAUCUAAUCGAAAAUGCUGACAAUCACCCUGAAGACUUUACAGCAGCAAACGUUUAAGAUAGAAAUAGAUCCAGAACUAACGGUGCGAGCUCUGAAGCAAAAAAUUGAGGAGGAACGGGGUAAAGAUGCCUAUCCUGCCACAGGCCAAAAGCUGAUAUAUGCAGGCAAAAUCCUGAAUGAUGACAUCCCUUUAAAGGAUUACAAAAUCGAUGAGAAAAAUUUUGUUGUGGUUAUGGUGGCUAAGCAGGCAAAACCAGCUUUGCCACCAGUCCAGGCCAGUCCAGGUUCCAUACCGACUCCAUCUCCGGGUGCAGCGCCUCUCAUGGACAUAGUCGCUCCACCACCCCCCGCCUUAAUGGCCAGACCUUCUGCAGCACCAGCACCAGUCUCAGCACCAACCCGAGCCCCAGCACCAGUCCCUGCACCCAGCCAAGCCCCACGUCCUGCUCCUGCCCCAACCGUCACCCCUGCCCCUGUAUCUGCACCUGCUCCAGUUUUACCAGCUCCAGCCCCUAUGCCGAGCCCCGUUCACCACCCAGCCCGACCACAGCAGACUCAGAGCACAGCCAGUCAGCCUGCCUCUGGGCCAAGGGCUCCCAGCACAGGCUCAGCAGCAACACAAAGUGCCACCACAGUCGGCACACCGACCGCAGGGGACACAUCCCGGGACUUUUUUCCGGAACAACUGCUGGACACGGACCCAGCACUCCUCGCAUCUGGCCUUGACCUGGGCCUUUUAGAAGAGGCAGCAUCAAUUUUAGUUACAGGGCAAGCGUACGAGAAUCUGGUGUCUGAGAUCAUGUCUAUGGGCUAUGAGAGGGAGCAGGUGAUCGCAGCACUUCGAGCGAGUUAUAACAAUCCAGAUCGUGCAGUGGAGUACCUGCUCAUGGGCAUUCCAGCAGAGCCUGAGCAGCCCCUUCAGGAGGUGACGCGGCCCACUGCUGCUGUUGGUGCUGGGGCUGCUGCCGGUGCUGCUGCUGUUGCACCCGUCCCUGCUGUGCCCAACCCCACUGCCCCACCUGCAGACACACCUCAGGCCACACCCACAUCAGGCACAGGCGCUCCAUCUCAGACGCCCUCCUCUGGUAACCCUCUGGAGUUCCUGAGGAACCAGCCCCAGUUCCUGCAGAUGAGGCAGAUCAUCCUGCAGAACCCUGCUCUGCUCCCUGCUCUGCUGCAGCAGCUCGGCAGAGAUAACCCACAGCUACUCCAGCAAAUCACUCAACACCAGGAGCAGUUUGUCCAGAUGUUGAACGAGCCCCAUGGCGAGGAGGAGGAGGGUGCUGAGGCCCCUGCAGCCGCGCCACAGACAAACUACAUCCAGGUCACCCCACAGGAGAAGGAGGCCAUCGAGAGGUUAAAAGCGCUGGGCUUUCCAGAGGGUCUCGUCAUCCAAGCUUACUUUGCAUGCGAGAAGAAUGAGAACCUGGCUGCCAAUUUCCUCCUCCAGCAAAACUUUGACGAUGAGUGACCGUGUCUGUUUUUGCAGUGUAUAUGAUGGUGAUAGUCAGGGAGAUGGCCACGAAACAAAACAAAAAAGUUGAAUAGAUUUACAGAUUUAUUAUGUGUGUAUGUGUGUGUUUUUUUUGGGGUGUGUAUGAGAGAGAGCGAUACACAGACUAUUUGUACUGUAUGUGGUCAAGUUUGUAAGGGGUCAAGGCCAGGGAUAUGCAGUCUUGUAGAAAGUGUUUUCUUGGAAAACAGCCAUGGUCUACAAGUCGAGUUAAUUUUAACAGCCACUCCCUUUUUAUUGAACCAUAUCACCUCAACUGUGAAUUUUGCACUGCUGCUAUUGCUGCUGUUAGUAUUUAUUAUUUUUUGUGUGAUAUGAUUGAGGUGGCCACUGUAUUUUAUUUAUGCCAAAGGACACACCAUAAAAAGUUAUUCUUUGGGUUUGCUUGAUCACCAUAAACCAUCCAUGUUCAUUUAUCUAUUUAGUAUCAGCGCUGAAUCUUACAGAAAAGUCAUAAAAGAAUGGGUUUUGUCUGCAAUGUCCAACUGUUUGUCAGGUUGUAUAACAAUACAAUAGUAAGCUGUCUGAAAACAAGACUUGGUCAUACUCCACAAAUCUGGAAGAUUGUGUAGUAUAAACAUCUCAACCAUGCUACCAUCAUUAAAAUGCCUCCUUGCAAUCAAACCUUUAGGCCCAGACGUGUACAGACUAAGAAGUUUUGUGCUGUUCCUUGCCUUGUUUUUCAGUUUUAUUGGUAUAUGUUAUUUUUUUAAUCAUUUAUGCUUUAACCCAUUUUAGCCUGUAGCGACAUAUACACUGCAUUCAGGUUCUUGAGAUUUGAGUUUUUUAUUUAAAAAGUGGGUAUGUUAGAGCUGAAUGAACAUUCUAAUGCAAAAUGAGGGUCCUAACUUUUCAAUGCAACUUAAUUCAUGUUUUUACGUGCUUUGGAGGCUGAGAUAUUUAGGUUUUAAUAGGCAGAGAGCACAUUCUCAUAAAAAAGGGCUUAGGCCAAAAUGGGUUGAUGCAUUGUAAUGGGGAAGAAAAAGUUCAGUCCACAGUUGAAAUGUCAAAGAAAGAGGUAGGCUGUUUUGAACAACAGCAAAAUAACAUAUCGUUGCAUUUUAUCCAAUUUUAUUUAACAGUUUGUGUCAACCUGUUCCUUUUUUUUCAAAGUGUGUUGCUUAGCUUUUUGAAGGACAACAUUACUCUCUUUUUGCUUUUUGAUGCGUAGAAGGCCUUGGGAAAAUAAAUAAAUAUAAAUAAUUACCCCCCUUUUUUGUAAAUGUUGGCACUUUAUGGGAAAGAGUGUUGUUAUUAUUGGAGGUUUAAACAUUUGCAUGACUUUAAAAUAGCCCGGGGAGUUGAAAAAGUGUCACGGUCUGGUGGUGAUGUAUUGGUAGCUUUACUAUUACUGUUCUUGUUAUUUUGGCAAGAAGACGGUUGACCUGUAUGAAGUGAUAUUUGCCUUAACAUAAAAAAGUUGCAGGUUUGCUGUAUGGUACAUAAGAUUAUUGUUUAAGCAUAAUGUGAAAUAAAUAGCUUUUACAAAGCUGAAUUUGAAGUUUGGCCUU